AUGGACGCGAUCAAGUCACGAAGUCACGUUAUCUGGCAGAAACAUGACCAUUUGAUUCUCUCCCCUCAAACUUCCCUCUUUGGUAAACAUGCAUGUCAGAAAUUAGACUACAAGCUCAAUAUGCCAAAGCAGGGUGUCGGGAAAAUUGGUCACGAAAAGCAUAAGAGACAAAAUUACCAGGGUCAGAUUGACCAGGGACCUACCCACCAGCGCAGUAUUCCACCUGAAGUGACUUACAUUACCAUGAGCUUCGUCAACGAAAUACCUCCCGAGCCAACAGCACCACCGAUAUUGAACCUCCACGGACGAGCAGAAGCGAGCGAUCAGAUAAUCCUAUCAAUCGCUCCUGACAGUAUUUGUGGUUUCAUAUCAGAGCGAGCCGGUGCCAGCAGAGCUUGUCCGGUUGACAAUCGCUGCUACUUCUUCCCUCCUCUGUCGCAAGAGCACGGAGGUGUUAUAUGCUGCAGCAAAACAACUUGCCAGUACCAUGCUACUUGCAUCAACUCUCGAGAAUACUUUCAGUCAACACCAAUUCCCGCGCGCCCUACUGCAAUACUGUCGCAUGGAGAGGAAAUACCACUGACUAUUGGUGCAAUGAUCUCGACAUCAAAACCGCACAGAGCGCUGCUCUUACCUACAAGGGCCAAAAGGAGACACCGCAUUUUUUUUACCGUCGAUCAGGAUGACAUUAGUUCCAUAGAAUCGCAAAUGAGCGGCGCAAGAACAGCUGGCACCGCUUUAGGAGGCCCAAAGUCAACAUCGGAAUCAACAUCAGGGUCCACUGCCACUGUCACUGAGACCAACGCCAAUGAUGGUGGCAGCUCAAAGACACCAGUGGCCGCAAUAGUAGGUGGCACAGUCAGUAGUGUCGCUGUACUCGCUGCUACAGGGUUAGGAGUUUUCUUCUUCCUCCGUCGCAAGAAGAAGAAGCAGAGCAAAGCUGCGAGUUUGCCAGGAUACCAGCAACCACCCGAGAACAAGUCUCCUUGGUCUCCUGGACAGCAACCAGUACAUGCAUUCUCAAGCUGA